UACCAUCGUCGGCCGAACCUUUCGGGACCAAAAAGACGCGAUAUACGGAACAGAUGACCAUUUGUCUGAAAUUACGUCUGACUCAUACUCAUUCCUGUACCAUGAUUUCGACGAGAUUGACCAGCUUCUUGGACAUCAAGACCCCAAUCGUCGGGGCGCCUAUGGCGUACGUUUCACCGCCAGGAUUUGUCUCUGCAGUAUCUGCUGCGGGUUCUUUCGGAUUUCUAGGUGCAGGUAAUAGCAGCCCCGAGCAACUCGUCGAGGCCCUGCAUACGAUCCGAGCGAAUUUGGGAUUGCAACCGGACGUCUCGCUGCCUGUUGGUGUGGGAUUCAUCACCUGGAUCCUCGAGAAGAACGACGUGUCUGCCGAUCCCCGUUUGACAAGCGUUCUUGAAGAGCGUGUUCAGGCAGUCUGGUUCGCUUUUGGAAAGGAUAUUGGCAAGUAUGUUCGGCAGGUCAGGGAGCACGAUUCGAAGCGUGACCACAAAACGAAAGUGUUUGUCCUCGUAAAUUCUGUGGAAGAGGCUUCACAGGCAGCCAAUGAAUGGAGAGUUGACGCUUUAGUAGUGCAAGGCAAUGAAGCUGGUGGCCAUGGGAGCGCCAAGGCUCCUCCUGUAGCGCUGCUCUUGACCGCUGUCCUCGGAUCUGCACCCCAAAAUGGCCCUGUCAUAUUGGCCGCUGGUGGCAUCGCAACGGGCGCUCAAAUCGCCUCCAUGCUCACGUUAGGCGCAGAUGGCGUCGUCGUAGGCACACGGUUCUUGCUUACACAUGAGUCUGGUUACCCGCCCGUGAAGAAAGAGGAGCUUGUCAAGGCCGGGCUAGGCUCCACAGCGAGGAGCACAGCAUUUGAUGAAAUCAAUAGGACAGUCGGGUGGCCCACGGGUAUCGAUGGGAGAGGUAUCGCGAACGAGAUCGUCAGUGAUGUGAGUGAAGGGCUGAGUUUGGAGGAGAGGCUGAGGCGAGCUGAUGAGGGGAAGGAUAAAGGAUCUACUUCGCGCCUCCCCGUGUGGGCUGGUGCUGGUGUCGGUCUGACGAAUGAAAUUCAGAGUGUCGAGAAAGUUGUCUGUGAACUGCAGGAAGAGACCGUUCACGCAUUACAGAGAGCAUCACAGCUACUUGUGCAUUAAUUACACUAUAUGAAAGCGCAUUCAUACAUUGCUUAUGAAGGAUUCGGUGCGAACCCCACCCCACUAUACUUGACUUCGUUUUUACGCCCUCCUUAACCAUCGGCGCAAUCUCGUCUACAUCCAAUUUCCCAUCGGAGAGGAAGAAGCGGUGUCCGUCUUCUUGAAUAAGCUUACAACCAGUAGGGGAACCCUUUACCCCCGAUGUGGAUCAUUUCCACCGAACUGACAAAAUGCAUGGUUUCAUUGUCUAUCAGAUUCACAGGUAUCACAAAUGUAUGUAAAAACGGGUAUGGAUUGUAACACAUCAGAUAGGUUUUCCAUAGACAAAUAUAUACAGCUGU